AUGAUCACGAAAAGGCUACUGCGGUUCCUGCUGGGGCCUAGUUUUGCCACCAAUGAGAAUACAGAAACAGAAUCUCUUGCUCUCAACCACGAAUUGCUCAACGCCAAACACAAGAUUCUCAACAGCUAUGGACGGUCUUCCCUGGAGGCCGAGAAGAUUGUACCUCCUCCUACUUCAGCCGCUGAUCUGGACGCUCUGCUUGAUCCUGCCGAAUCAAACGACUAUGUCGACAAGUGGAUGCGAGCCUGGGAACUCGGUAUUAUCCCUGAGGGGAUUGUUAGAGGUAUAGAGAUGAUGGGCAUGUGGCCCCUGGAGGUAUCUUGGGCUAGAUACCACACAAUUGGCAGAUCCGGAGGACAAACAUACUGGCAACUACUGAAGGGAACUAUCCACAGCGGCAAUCCGUUCCCCGGAUUCAUGGCUUCCCUGGCGCAGAGUAUGGUGGAGGAAGCUAUCUCAGACCAACCGGACGCAGGCUCGUAUACGUGGGAGAACGGGACCAUGGUCAAAAGCGAACACAAAAUCAACAUCAUAAGCGUGCUCAAGGGCAACCACACAAUGGCUGAAAUCAUCCCCUUUGCCCUGAAACACUUCACGGCCUGCAUCAUGUCAUUCCCCUUCUUCUACUACUCCUCCAUGCAGAUUUUGGGGGUGUACAACAACGUCGACACCCCCAACAACUCGCCCUGGGGCCCGUCUAUUGCCUGGCUGCAGAAUUUCUACAACCCCUGGACUCCAGCUCUACCCAAUGUCGGAGUCAUGGCCGUCUGGCAUGUAUCCAACUACUUUCUUGGUCUGGUGGGUCGAACGCAUCUGGCUGAAAUCAACAAGUCUCACGGACAAAUGGGACCCGAAGUGGCCCAUCAUAUGCCUCCAUUUGCGGUUUUAUAUGAGAACUUCCUUCGAUCAUCCUUCAUCAUGAGAUGCAUGACUUCCAAUCUGUUUGGUUUCUUCUUUUUCCGGUUUGCUGUCGGCAAAUCUUUUGGGGAUGACCUGCAGAUUGAUUUCCCAGAUCUCUGCGGCGCUAUUGCUCUUGAUACCGUGGUUAGAUGUGGUAUCAACCACUUGUACAUUCUGUCCACCUGGAUUAUUGAGAGAUCUGUUUACGGGGCUGACACAGAGGAGGAGGAGACGUAA